UAUAGAAAGCCUUUUAUUUUACAAUAAAGUUAAACUAUUUCCCUGAAACAUUAAUUCUAAUGAUAGACAGUUAUUAUUAGAUUACUGUUGGUCAUUACGAAAUCUUAAAAGGAGGACAGCUUUACAUUUUACCUGUGCUCCUUUAACUGACCCGUUAUUUUAUUGGUCAAUUAUUUUCUGUGAUCUUUACCUUGUUUACCUUGUUUAACAUUGUAAUCCAAAUUAAAGAAAUCUGGUUAAUCUGUUUAACUUAUUGUUUUCUUGACAUAUUGUGCCUUAACACAAAUCAUCUGCAGUUGAAUAAUCGCAUCGUCAUCAUCUCGUUUCCAAUAGAUUUACAAGUCAACUUAAACCAGCUAACACAAAAAUUACAUUUGCUAUCAAGACUCAUUGACUAACAUUUACCACUAACGAGCUGUUGUGAUUAAAAGUAGAGGGGAAAAGACUAGAGGAAAAAGAAGGAGAAAGGAAAACGCAACCGAGUUUCAAGCCUCUUUCACCAACGUUUGUUUAUCAGCUCCUACAAUCUCUUAAUUUUUUUUCAUCAUCUAUUGCAAUUGAGUCUACAAGAUCAGUACUAUUGUACCUCCCUAAGGAUAAAUAGUUAAAUAGUUAAAUGAGAAGAGCUUUUAUAACUCUUUCACCUCUACUAGUUAAUGCAUUAGUUAAACAGCGGUCCAAAAGAUUGAUUCAAUUACUUGGUGUACCUCUUAUUAAACCCUUGGUCCGACCUUUUAGCUCUAUCAAUUCAACCAACAAUCCGCCUGUGAGAGCCAUGCCGCCAAUAGGUUUAUCCUUUCAAUACAAGAAAUUAAUCGAUGAAACCAUUGAAACUAAUAGAGCUGUUAUAUUUGGUGAUCCUUCGUCCGAGGAAGUGACAAAGAUUAAAGAAGUCUUUGGCCAAUUAGGCUCUGAUUACCAUGUCUUUGGAAUAGAUACCGUUGCCGAUCCCCAAACAUUCAACGAUCUACUGCAAUCCAAAGCCCCUCAUGGCCGAGUUCCUUUGGUUUUUGCAAUGGGUAAACCAAUCGGAGGUUACGAAGAUGUUGUAAAAUCUUUUGAAUCUGGAGACUUAGGUCGAUUACUUAAACCUCACCCAUAUGAUUAUGACUUAAUUGUUAUUGGAGGAGGAUCUGGAGGUCUUGCUGCCUCAAAGGAAGCAGCUCGUUUAGGACAAAAAGUUAGCUUAUUGGAUUUCGUUACUCCGUCUCCUAUUGGAACUACAUGGGGUUUGGGUGGAACCUGUGUUAAUGUCGGAUGUAUUCCCAAAAAAUUAAUGCAUCAGUCAGCUCUUGUUGCUGAAACUUUACAUGUUGCUUAUGAAUGGGGUUUUGCUGAACAAAGAUUAGAGCUCAAUCACUUUUGGAAUCGACUCGUUCAAAAUAUCCAGAAUGUUGUCAAAGGAUCUAAUUUUACUUAUAGAGUUGCACUCAGAAACUCAAAUGUUAAAUACAUUAAUGCUUAUGGUACUUUUGAGGAUGAGCAUAAAAUCAAACUCACAGAUAAAUCUGGUAAUGAAUCUUAUCUGACUUCAAACAAUUUUCUCAUUGCUACUGGUGAGAGACCUCGUUAUCCUGAUAUUCCCGGUGCAAUUGAAUAUUGUAUUACUAGUGAUGAUUUGUUCAGCCUGCCUUAUCAUCCUCAAAAAACUUUAGUUGUUGGUGCAUCUUAUGUAGCUCUUGAAUGUGCUGGUUUUCUCAGAUCUUUGGGUGUCGAUGUUACUGUUAUGGUACGAUCUGUUCUUCUUCGAGGUUUUGACUCUGAAAUGGCUGAGAAAGUUGGUCAGUACAUGCAAGAUGAAAUAAAAGUGAAGUUUCUCCGUCCAUGUGUUCCCCUAGAGAUUGAAGAACGCACCCCUCGCAGUCAAACUCAGGCUGGAGUUUUAGGUGUUAAGGCUCAACUCACUGAUGAAGGAACUAUUUUCACUGAAGAAUUUAAUACUGUUAUUUUUGCGGUUGGACGUAAGCCUUGUACCGAUAAAAUCGGUUUAGAUAAGAUUGGUGUUGAAGUUGACAAAAGAGGAAAGAUUCCAUGUGUUAAUGAACAAACAAACGUUCCAAACGUUUAUGCAGUUGGUGACAUUGUCCAAGACAAACCUGAAUUAACUCCAGUUGCAAUAAAAGCAGGUAUUUUGUUAGCUCGUCGUUUAGCUGGGGUCAGUGAUGAAUUAUGUGAUUAUUCAAGUGUAGCAACAACUGUUUUUACUCCCUUGGAGUAUGGUUGUUGUGGUUUAUCUGAAGAGAAAGCUAUUGAACUUUAUGGUGAAGAAAAUAUUGAGGUUUAUGUUCAACACUUCACUCCAACCGAAUGGUCAGUAGCACAAAAACCAAAGAAUAUUUGCUACGCUAAAGUGAUAACUCUUCUAACUGAAAACGAAAGAAUCCUUGGUUUCCAUUACUUAGGACCUAAUGCCGGUGAGGUUACUCAAUUCACAUCUUUAGCAUUGAAAAAGAAUUGCACUAAGGCAGAAUUAGACUCUAUGAUUGGUAUUCACCCAACUAAUGCUGAGGUAUUCGUGUAUCUGACUGUCACAAAGAGAAGUGGAAAAUCAUCGUUACAGGCUGGUUGCUGUGGUUAAUAUUUCAAUUUUAAUUGUAAUUUCGUAAAAAAAAGACCUGUAACCUAGUAAUGCUUUUUAAGUUUAAAAAUAAAUAAAGUUUUGUUUUAUUGAUGGAUCAA